AUGUAAAUAGGAUAAGUAAUAUUAACAACUCUCUAUUUUAUAUAAGGAUUAAUUGUAGGUUUACCUGCAGGAGCAAUCUAAAUGUUAUUUGCACAUGAUAAGGAUAUUGGGAUAUUCACUUUAUGCACAAUACCAUGGGCUUUUAAAUUUGUAUGGUCACCAAUUCAAGAUUAUUAUUUUUUUGAAAGAUUUGGCAAGCGAAAAACAUAUAUAGUGCCAUUAUUCUUAAUUAUGGGAGUUCUUAUGAUAAUGGUAGCAGAAUCUGAACACACUCUACUAAAUCUAUUUUAUUAUUAUAUUGCCAUUGUGGUAUGUUUAUCUACAAGUGAUACUGCUAUAGAUGGUUGGUCAGUUACAUUGUUAUCUAAUGUGGCUUAACAAAGUGUAUGUUAAACUUUUGGAUAGUAAAUUGGUUGGUUUAUUACCCAAUCAAUUUUCAUAUUGUUAAAUCAAAAGAGCAUACUCAAUUUUGCUUAAUAUUAAUUAAUUUUAGGAAUCAUAUGUAUAGUAAUGUCAUUUAUUGUUAUUUUUGUUAAAGAGACUAAUCCAGUUGAAGUUAUACAUUAUUAAAGUCUCUUUUAAUAAAUUAAAUAAGUUAAAGGAUUAUAUUAUAAUAAAAACCUAAGAUUUUUAUGUUUGUUCAUCUUCCUAUAAAGAAAUGGAAUAUCAUUUAUGGAUAUUGCUGCUCCUAUUGUAAUGAUAAGAGCAGGAAUGGAAAAAGUAUUUCUUAGUGAGUCAUAAAUUUUUAUUUUUUGUUGUACUUUCUGGAUUCCAUUAGUUAUUGGUUAUUUUAUAUCAGGAAAAAAGAAGGAGAAUGCUUUAGUAAUAAGUGCUUUGACUUAUCAAACAAUUAAUAUGGCUUUCUUUUUAUUAGAUUAUUAUGAAUAUCGAAAAUAUCCAUUAAGUGAAGGAACAGUAAAUUAAUUUUAAUACUUGUUUUGUUUUUAAUUGUUAAUACAUGAGUAUUUAUAUUGAUUAAAAUUAAUAGAAUUUUUAGGAAAAUCUUUACAGUGUGUGCAUUUUCAUUUGUAGCUGAGAUUGUUGAACCCUAGUUAGCUGGAAUGUAAAUAUCAAUGAUUAGUUCAUUACAUAAUUUUAGUAGAGUAAUACUUGAUCCUUUAGUUUUAUAAUUAACUGCAUAUGCAAACAUAUAUGUUUUGGUUACGAUAUGUGUGAUAUAUUAAAUCAUAGUUUUGAGGAAGUAUGGAGAUGAAUUCAAAAUCAAAUAAUUUAUAGCUAAAGAAAAUUGGACACUUCAUACUCAAGACACAAUUGAUAACUAUCAUGAAUUAAAGGAACUUAAAGAAUUAAAUAAUCAACCAUGA